AUGGCGGCGUCUUCUUCGUCGUCUUCUGCUGGAGGCGUCAGUGGCAGCUCGGUGACGGGUUCGGGCUUCAGCGCCUCUGAGCUCAUACCCCCCAGGAAGGUCCUGUACACUUAUCCCAAGGGAGCCGGUGAAAUGAUGGAAGACGGCUCAGACAGAUUUCUAUGCGAGUCUGUAUUCAGCUACCAAGUGGCAUCAGCUCUCAAGCAGGUUAAACACGAUCAACAAGUUUCACGCAUGGAGAAGUUGGCGAGCCUAGUGGAGGAGCUGGAAGCAGACGAGUGGCGGUACAAGCCCAUCGAAAAACUCCUAGGAUUCACGCCAUCAUAA